AUGCCCUUCGAAAUCCAAGCCGAAAUCGCCUCCUUCGGCGGCAAGCUCUUCAAGCUCGCCCACCAAUCCACGGAAACCACCACCCCCAUGGCCGUCAACCUCUUCCUCCCCCCUCAAGCCCUCACCAACCUCACCAACCCCUCCUCGGCUUCCUCCAAAACCAAAGUCCCCCUCCUCAUCUACCUCUCCGGCCUAACCUGCACCCCCAACAACUGCUCCGAAAAAGGCUUCUUCCAACACCGCGCCUCCGCCCUUGGUCUCGCCAUCCUCUACCCCGACACCUCCCCGCGCGGCCUCAACUACCCCGGCGAAUCCGACGCCUGGGACUUCGGCGUCGGCGCCGGUUUCUACCUCGACGCUGUCCAGCCGCCUUGGAACAAGGGGUAUCGCAUGGCGAGUUAUAUCUCCCGGGAGCUGCCAGACACAUUGUUCGGUGACCCGAAAUUUGGGGCGGUUUUGGAUCAGGAAAGGGUGUCGAUAACGGGGCAUUCGAUGGGGGGGCAUGGGGCGUUGACGGCGUAUUUGAGGGAGCCGGGGAGGUAUAGGUCGGUUAGUGCUUUUGCGCCGGUGGCGAAUCCGUCGAGGUGUGCGUGGGGGAGGAAGGCUUUUGGGGGGUAUUUGGGUGGGGAAGAGGAGGAAGGGGGUGGGAAGUGGAAGGAGUAUGAUGCGACGGAGUUGGUGAAGGGGUGGAAGGGAGGGGAUUUGAAGGCGUUGGUGGAUGUGGGCACGGAGGAUGGGUUUUAUAAGCAGGGGCAGUUGUUGCCGGAGAAUUUGGAGAAGGCUGCGAAGGAGGCGGGGGUGGAGGGGUUGACGGUACGGUAUCAGGAGGGCUACGACCACUCGUACUACUUCAUGGCCACCUUUGCCGACGACCAUGUGAACCACGCAGCCAAGCACUUGGGAUUGCUGUAG